AUGCCCCGUCAACGUGGAGGAGCCGCGCCCGUCCGCCCUAGGCCUACCGUCCCCGCCGCAAGGCCCGCAACCACGGCUCCGGCGCCCGCUCGCCAGCACUCGACUGCUGCCGCGCCCCAGCACGCCUCGCCCACCGGCCAGGCUGCACCCCCAGCCGCUGCCACGCCCCAGGGCCCUGGUCUGUUCGGCCAGAUGGCCUCGACAGCUGCCGGUGUAGCCGUCGGAUCCUCCAUCGGCCACGCAGUCGGCGGUUGGUUCAGCGGCGGCAGCAGCGCGCCCGCCGAAGCCGCGCCCCAGACCACCGAGUUCGCACAGCAGCACAGCGUCAACUCGUCGGCGCAGCAGCAGGCCGGGCCGUGCGCAGAGAACGUCAACACGUUCCGCAAGUGCAUGGACGAGAACCAGGGCAGCCUGACCAUCUGCGGGUGGUACCUCGACCAGCUCAAGGCGUGCCAGGCCGCCGCCGGCCAGUACUAG